AUGAGCGAAACUCAACUAUCCGAUCAGUACUUAUACCAGAGCUUGCUUAAGAGCGACCCGGAGAUCAAGGUAUCUUCGAGCAAGCGUGUACCGCACGUUAUUGACCUAAAUCAGGGUUCGUACCAGAAUGGUGUCAUCACUAUCGAUGCUACGGCUCAGCUUAACGGUUCCGAGGGCUUCGCAAGCCUUCGUGAUGCCUACGUUAUGCUUCCCUACAAGGUCUCAAUGAAGAAUGGUGGCACUGCUCAAACUGCCGCUGCCAAUCGUCUAUGUGCUACUCUAAAAUGCGGAAAUUGGAACGUUAUUGAUAGUCUGAGUCUGGAACUAAACGGAAAGACUAUCGUCUCUAUGGCUGACUACAAGCUCUUUUGGAACAACGUUCGUGCUCAUACUGGCUACAGCCCUCAGUACGUUGAAAAGCACGGAGCUGAAUCGUUCUUGUACCCUGACUCUGCUCAGUCCGUAUCAUACAGUUCUGGAUCCGCAUCUACCAGUGGUGAUGGAUAUUCAAACACCAUGGCAUUCUCGUCUUCCUUUGCUGUCUCGGCUCCUCCUGGUGGUGCAACUAUUCCAAAUGAUGGUUUCGUUAAGCGCCUUCUAUCGAAUCCUCCUACGGCUGGCGCUGACUUCUCCAGCUCGUGGCCGUCGGUAGGUGGUGCUGCUGCAUCGACUACCAUUUCUAACCAGACCUCGCGUGGAGCUUUCGUAGCUGGUGGUACUGCUGCUAACGCAAUCAUGGGAACGUGGAACUACAUGCUUAAGAUUAAGCUCACCGAUCUGCAUCCUAUCUUCCGUGAGCUUGACUUGAUGACUAACCCUCAAAUUCGCCUGCGUUUCCGUGUGAAUCAGGGAACGUCUGUAGUCGCGGUAGAUGCUUUAAAGGGUAUGUCUCUAACCUCUACUACUCUAUCGUCUGAUAAUAGUUGUCCGGUCAUUAUUGCCGCUUCUGCUACCGGUAAUCUGAUGAGUGGUGUGCUUGCCGCAUCUGCUGGCUUUAGUGUUGCUUGGGGAGCGGUUGUAAAUGCUCUUGAACCUACCAUCGAUGGUACAUACAUGCCUUUUACUACUGCUCCUAUUAUCUCUGAGCCGGUUAAGAAGGUUCGCUACAAUGACUGCUACGCACAGUGGUUUUACCAGCGUGCUGGUAUUGGUAAGUCCUCGACUCAACUAAAUGCUUCUUUCGAUCUACAGCUAUCGGCAAGUGUUAAAAACGCGAAAUAUGUUGUGCUUUUACCAUUCGCGGAACAGACAAACAAUUUUGUUUCUGCUACUGUUCAGCAGUUCCAGAGCCCCUUCGAUAGCUCUCCAUACACGCUUAAGCCCGGGGCGUCGAUUCGCAACUUUAACGUUCGUAUUGGCUCGACUCAUGUGUUCGAUAUCAGUCAUGACUAUGAUUUCCACCACUUUACCAACGAAAUUGCUAAGAUUUCAGCGAUUAACGGAGAUCUAACCCCUGAGCUCGUAAAUGGUCUACUUGACUAUCAGACGUGGUCGCUCACAAACCGCAUGCUUAUUGCCGAUGUCAGUCGCCUGACUGAGCGCGAUGUACCUCAGGCUAUUCAGAUCCAAGGUACGAACGCUGGAUGCCAAGGUGUGAAUAUGCUGAUCCUCGUAAUUAGCGAACAGGAACUAACGUUCGAUAGACUAACCGGGGAGGUUCUUGACUUCACUACAGCCUAA